UAUCAAAAACAAAGCUUGUCAGUAACAGCGAUGGGAUUCUGCAGUGAGCUCAGGGAAAUUCCCGCGUGUCACAUGAAUAGACUCAAAAUGACAUCACUGUGCCAAAUAACCCGACAAUUUUCAGUGGUGUUCAGAUAUUUCUUCUCCCGAUGUCACAGCUAUUUGAAUGUCGUCAAUCGAAGUUUUAAAACUGGUCUUCUGAGAAUGGCAUAGCUUAACUAGCUGCCUGCCUAUCGACUUUGUUCACGUGAAAGUUUUAAGAACUGAUAUCCGAGAUCUAAACUGUAAUUCUCGCACUUCUCUAAGUGGGCUUCACGCUUUAAUUUCCGUGCUCAAUAGUGGUUUAAAAUGGCAAAACAAGUCUCAGGACCUCCUCUCGACGAGAGUUUCCAAAUUUCUCAACGGGAAUUCGAAUAUCAAGAUGAAAAACUGUUUCUAAACCGUUGCUGUUCAUCAGGAAGCUUAAGUGCUACUUCAGAUUAUUGCAGCUCGUACGACGACCAGUCUGUACGACGACCAAAUAUGAAGUGCCAAAACAAAGAAGCUGAGGGCAGGCGAGCAUCGUUGGCCGAUGAACCCCUAACAGAGGAAGACGCCUGCAAUUUGUCUAAAGAUAUUAGCCAACACUAUAAAGAAUUGGCAAUGGAACUGAAGUUAACCCAAGCUGAAAUCAGAGAGAUAGAAGAUGAGAAGAAUGGAAGAAACAGCAACCGGGAAAAAGCCUUAGCUGUGCUGACCAAGUUCAUGCAAAAGAAAGGCAGAGGUGCAACAAAGGGCGAUUUGGCUUUUGCACUACAUAGAGCUGGAAGAUUGGACAUUGCUGAAAAAAUUAUUGGCAAUGCAGACUUUCUCGGGAAGAAAAAGCACCGGAAGACUUUUAUUCUUUUGAAGGAAGAGUCUUACCUUCAUUGCGACUCAUUUGAGAAGAAGACGAUCUCGAUCUGUGAAGACCAAGACGGUAGCCUUUUUCGCUUAGAAAAGCUUGAAGGACCUAAACUUCAACAAUAUUUAAAGUGGAAAAACGCAGUAUCAAAGCAAGGAAGUACCGUAAGUGACUUUGGUGAUCCAAAACGAAAGGAAGAGCUGGAAGAUGUCCAAGAACUACUAAGAACGCUUGAGAAAGAUCUCAAAGAGAUCCAACACACUCUUGAGAGGCAAGAAAGACAAGAAGACCAAAUAAAAGUUGGUUUGCAGUUGGAUGAAGAUGAGAAGCUACUAGAUAAAAUGCAUAAUCUUGCCCACAGAUUAGUUCGACAAGCCGAUGCCCUCUGUCAAUUGGAGGAACCUUUCGUGCCAAAGAGUCAGAUAUACGACGUCUCUAUCUCACUGUCCGCUGUUGCUAAAGAUUUAGAGGAACGGGUGAAGACGUUACUAAAAAUGAUCAUCAGUGACGAAGAAGCACUCCGUUUAAACAAACUUCUUGCGCGCUGCCUCUCGCUCCGAAAUGUGAUCGAAGAGAAGAUUUCUUUGGGAAGUUUGAAAGACUUGACUCAUCAAGCGAGACAGAGAAAGCACUUGCCUUCAGCACCAACCCCAAGUUCAAGAGUUAGUGGACCUGAAGACUCGAAAACUACAAGGCUUAAUACAAUGCCCAAAUCAGAAAGAGAACAGAGAGAACUAGAAAAACAAAUCAAGCCAAAGAAAGACCCCUUGGAGGUUGAGGAGGAGGUGUGGUCAACUCGGUUUUAGAAUCGAUAAGGUUGGACGAAAGAGAUCUAUGAAGAGAUGAUAUAAGGUCUGGUCUUUAAAGUAACUCAUGGUCGUUAGGUCAGCAACUAUGAUGAURGUAGACGAUCACGUACUGUUUUUUCAUUACACAGGCCAAGUUUCAUUCUCUUGAGAGUAAGAUUCUUUGUUUGAGUUGUAUCCAUAUUCAUGUGUCUUCUCAUGUGCUACCGUUAAACUAAGGAAUGAUACUCUAGGGAAUGACACGUAGUCUGUGAAAGGAAAAUGAUUACAAUUUCUAGUAUGACUACAGAAAAAAAUGUUUUAGAAAUUUUGAAGCUAUUUCUAAAAUGACUAGAGUUUUUAUCUAUCCAAUAGCUAAGAAAGGAAAGUUGGAAUUUAUUUCAAAUUAGGACCUUUAGAAUUUAUAAUUUUGUAAAUACUAAUAUAAAAGUGUGAGUGUUUGUUAUACAAACACAAUUUUAAAGAAACAUACACACCUAUUUCAAAAAACCUUGUCGGUCUGAGAUCUGAAAUCUGAGUCCGAAAGGAAUUGUGGGUUGUAAGCUGUAAAUUGUUUGUGGUUUUGAUAAGUAGUUCGCAAAAAGUUAAUAUCUUGAUAUAUCAACUUUGAGCGAUGACCUGCUCUGGCAAACUGUCUGGGUAAGUGUAUAUUGAAUUUUUAACGAGAAAACACUCAGUCCUCCACACUUCUAAUCGGUCUCAGAUUUCUGAGUUCAGAUAUCCAACCGACAACGUUUUUUGAAAUAGGUGUAUACAAAUAAUAUGGCACAUGCGCACAACGUUCGAGGCACCUCUGGUCACAACAACCACAUAUACAAGGCAAUAAUAGAAUUUGCUGUAGCUUAGUUUCGUAUGGGAAAAAAWAUAUAUAUAUAUGUAAGAGGUACUAUAGAUUUUGGAUGUGCUGUCGACUGGGGAACGCAGCGAGCCUGCAUGGUCACGUGUCUAGCGCUAACUGGUCUCCAUGGCGACACACGAAAGCAGUACUGGACCAGUUUGUAUGAAUGGUGGAUAGUGAUAAUCGACGGAUAAAUCCUUAUCCAGUGGAUAAGUCGUUGCUGUUAUCCAAUAAAUUUAUCCACUGGAUAAGAUUUAUCCGUAGGAUAGCGCUAUUCACCCGUCGUACAACCAGGCCCUGAAGAUUAAGCUACACGUCGCGUAAUGUUGGUUGACAUAAUGAACAUAUGAUACCAAUGCCAAUGGUUUUGAUAAAGUCAUCCAACAUGGCGGCUACUCCGUCACACAUACCUCAAGCAAUGAAGUAAUAUAAAUUGUGAUGUCCGACCCUCAAAUGAUGACGUUACAAACAUUUCUGGAAUAAAACUGGAGAGAUGCUUCGA